AGUGCACCUCUGAGAGAGAGAGAAGUGUAAAUAGGAUCAGUGUAUCGUGAGUGCAGCUAGCUGCCGAAAUGUCCACCGGAGUGGGAAAACAUAAGAUGCUGUCCCUGGGGCCGACAGAGCCGUGGUCCAUCAGGGAGAAGCUGUGCCUGGCGUCGUCAGUGAUGAGGAGCGGAGAUCAGAACUGGGUAUCAGUGAGCAGAGCCAUCAAACCGUUCUCCGAGCCAGGCCGCCCUCCAGACUGGUUUUCUCAAAAGCACUGUGCUUCCCAGUAUUCAGAGCUGCUGGAGACCACAGAGGCCCCAAAACGGAAGCGCGGUGAAAAGGGAGAAGUUGUCGAGACCAUCGAGGACGUGAUCGUGCGCAGGCUGACGGCAGAGAGGAUAGACGAGCUCAAAAGACUCCUCAAAGACACCCAGGAGAAAUACAGGAAGCUGAAGAAGGAGGUGGAUUUGAUUCAGGCAGGACACAUGGACUCGAAACUGGAGGAGUUAUGGGGAGAGAUUGAGCAGUGUGUGAAUGAAUCUGACAGAAAAAAGAAGCAGGAGGAGGAGGAGGCUGAGCAGAAGAGGAGAGCGACAGAGUCGGCCUAUCAGGCACGACAAGCUGCGAAAAACACGAAGAGACACCCAAGCAUCACUGUCCGCUCUCCGCUAGGGGCCAGUUCACCCACCAUGGAUCUCCCACAGCCUGACACCCCUCAGCCAAUGACGGACGAGUCCUGUCCCAGUCCUAUGGCGCAGGGUGUGCCGGUGUUCGUGCCAGUUUCUGAGUCAGCUGGCCAAGUGCAUAAGGACGGAAGCCUGGGUGCUCUGAUCGACGAAUCUCCACAGAAGAAGCUCCCAAAUCAGAAAGCCACGCCCCCACCUUCGCCUUUGCUGUCUGAGCUGCUGAAGAAAGGUAGCCUCCUGUCAGCCAGCCCAAGACUGGUGGUGGAGGGUGAGGUGGCUGCAGCUCUCAGUAAUGGUGCCCAUGGUGUGGACAUUCACGUCCCUGCAGCUGUUCAUUCCACCAGCCAUGACGUCUCGACAGAUGCACCAACGUUAUCGCGUUUGUUGGAAGGCGCUAUCCCGGUCCAGAUGCCAGCCAGCGCUGAACCCUCUAACCCCCCCGCUGUUGCUCUUCCUGCUUCCGGACACCACUUUAUACCUAGCACAGCAGCUGCGGUAACAGAAUGUUCCGGUCCAGAGUCGGUGCUGGCGGUACAGUCUGGGUCGGAGCAGACAGAGGUGAGAGAGGGAGAGCUGGUGGAGGACCUGGUGGCUGUGUCUUACAUGGAGGACGAGUUGGACCUGGAGACAGUGGGGGAUAUUAUAGCCAUUAUUGAAGAAAAGGUUGAUGACUCAGUGGAGGUGUUGGAUGCAGCAGCAGUGGAGGCUGCGCUGUCUCUGUGCGAGGAAGCAGUAGCCGGGGGCCACGCUCUCUCAGACCCCUGGGAAACCCAGCCCUUUAAACCACCUGAGCCCGAGUCCAGAGUUUUCACCAGUCCCCAGCUUAGCUCUUCCUCACCUGUGCCCGCCACCAUCGUGGUGGAAUCCGUGAUGGUGGAAGAGGUCGGACAGGCCGGAGUGUCCGAGAUGCCCACGGAGGACCCCAAUUCUGCAGCCAUUUCAGGAAACGCGCACGAGCCUGAGACAGCAGGUGACGAAGAGAGGGACGGCGAGGAGGAUGGAGCGAGGGGGGAGGAGGAGCAGACGGAGAACAGAACACCCAGUCCAUCGGUAAAGUGCGAGAGCGAGGAGUGGACGCAGCCGGAAGCAGAGACGCCCUGCCUCGACUCGGAGGACAGCUCCGCCUCCGGGAGAGACCCAAAGGAGGUGAAGGAUGAAGAUGGAGGGAGUGAAGUGGAUGCAGAUGAAGGGAUGGAGAUGAAAGAAUGCGGAGAGGGGCCGUAUCUUUCAGAGGUGGACCCACCGGCCAGCGAGAGCGAGGACGGGUACGGAACUAACUCCCAACGCUACACCACGGCAGAUUCCACCGCCAGCAGCCCUGCGUCAUCCCAGUUUUCGAUGUGUAGUGAGGAUCAGGAGGCUUUGCAGGCUCAGAAAAUCUGGAAGAAGGCCAUCAUGCUGGUGUGGCGUGCAGCAGCCAAUCACAGGUAUGCGAGUGUGUUUCUGCAGCCUGUCUCAGAUGACAUCGCUCCUGGAUACCACAGCAUCGUACACAGGCCCAUGGACCUGUCUGCAAUCAAGAAGAACAUCGAGACGGGGCAGAUCCGCACGACAGCCGAGUUCCAGCGAGACAUCAUGCUAAUGUUUCAGAACGCAGUCAUGUACAACAGCUCAGAUCACGACGUCUACCACAUGGCCCUGGAGAUGCAGCGCGACGUCCUGGAGCAGAUCCAGCAGUUCCUGGCCACUCAGCUCAUCAUGCAGACGUCCGAAUCAGGCAUCAGCGCCAAGAGCCUGCGCGGACGAGAGGCCAACCGUAAACAGGACCCGAACGACAAGGACAGUCUCCCCAUGGCCUCUCCUGCUUUCCUUCUCUCUCUCUUUGACGGAGGCACCAGGGGGCGCCGUAGUGCCAUCGAGGCUGAUAUGAAGAUGAAGAAAUGAACAAAGUCCACAUGGCCUUAAGGACCGAUAUCUAUCUCUGUCUCUCACUCUCUCACAUACACACUCGCACUCGGACACACCCAGAAUGAACCUGGACCUGUGUGUGUGUAAUAGAUCUCGAUAAUCUAUUAUCCUAGACUGGUACCAAAAUCCAGAAUUGUGACACCCAAAGGCAUUUUUGAGACAAAGU